AUGAAAUUGCAUCUCGCCAGUGUAUGCGACUGUUUUGCAGGAAGACAGGCUAAACGGAUGACACCAUCUGGAAUAGCAGUAGUCGUGUUUGCAGUAAGAAAUUGUGUUGAUGAGUUGCUUCAUUUCCGCUCACAGAGGUAA